AUGGCGGAUACACCAAUUUGGCGUGUUAAUGAGUAUGGUGAAGGCGGUGUACAAAAUGUACCCCAAAGUUGGACAGAGACUGGAUCACCAGGAACCAGCUAUUGGCCCCAACGAGGAGUUUUUAAUUCAGACCUACAAUACCUUAAGGCAGUAAAACAUAAUGCAAGUCAUGGAAUAACUUGGCCAUCGUUACUGGGAUUCUAUGAUGACUUUGACAAAGCCAAACGUAAACUAAAAAAAUCUGAAGUCCAUGCAGACCUUAACACAGAUGUGGAAAAAGAAAAAAAAAGCCGAAAAAAACGGAAAAAAAAACAAAUGUUAGUUCUAGCGACAAUUCUGGACCUAAAGUAA